CCUGAACUUUGGAGCUGCUGCAGCAGAAACACGGAACGUUUCUUCUUCCAGUCAGAAUGAAGCUCCCAACAGCUCCUCUGAUUUCCUCCGGACUGCUCCUCAUCAUCUUGUUGACUCCAGCCGACGGCGGCAAAGUUCUGGCUUUUCCGGGCGAGUUCAGCCACUGGUUGAACAUGCGGACCAUCAUUGAGGAGCUGGUGAGGAGAAACCACUCCAUCACUGUCCUGGUCCCAGAGGCUUCACCGUCUGUCAACUACAACAACAGCAGAGACGCCGCCAAGUUCAACUUCCUGGUGUUCAAGGUCCCCUUCACACGCUCCGACUAUGUCAGCAUGAUGCAGGAGUUCAUGGACUUCUCCAUGUACGAGAUGCACCACUCCUCGCCGCUGCAGGUCUUCCUGAGGAUGGGCGAUUUCAUGCGGCGCUCGUCCGACCUGGGCAUGCUGCAGUGUGACGCCAUGCUGAGGAACCAGCAGCUGAUGGCCACGCUGCGGGCGGCGUCCUACGACGUGGUCCUGAUGGACCCGCUGGUCAUGUGCGGAGACUUGGUGGCGGAUAUGCUCGGGGUUCCGCUCAUCCUGUCACUGCGCUUUAGCUUCGGCAGCACCUUGGAGCGGCACUGUGGCCACGCCCCCUUCCCACCAUCCUUCGUCCCAACCGCUCCGCUUCCAUACAGCGACCGCAUGUCGUUUGUGCAGAGGCUGAGCAACACGCUGAUGACGGCGUCCAUGUCUGUGCUGCAUGAGGUGCUCUGGAAGCUGAAGCUGGACCCGUACUACACAGAGGUCAAAGGAAGUCCCAGUAGCUACUGCGGCUCCUUCGGGAAGGCCGACAUCUGGCUGAUCAGGACCUUCUGGGACCUGGAGACGCCGCGGCCCUUCCCGCCCAACUUCAAGUUUGUGGGUGGUCUUCACUGCAAGCCAGCCAAUCAGCUUCCAGAGGACAUGGAGGCGUUUGUGCAGAGCUCUGGUGAGGCGGGCGUGGUCGUGGUGACCUUUGGCUCCAUGGUGACCAACCUAACAGCAGAGCGGGCCGAAGUCAUUGCAUCCGCGCUGGGUCGAGUCCCCCAAAAGGUCAUCUGGCGUUACCGUGGAAAUCGCCCUGCAGCGCUGGCGCCCAAUACAAGGCUCUACGACUGGAUUCCACAGAACGACCUGCUGGGUCAUCCACGGACACGAGCGUUCGUGACUCAUGGCGGCACUAACGGUCUGUAUGAAGCCCUGUUCCACGGCGUGCCCGUGGUGGGCGUGCCCCUGUUUGGAGACCAGCCGGACAAUCUGGCCCGCAUCAGUCGCCACGGUGCCGCUCUGGUCCUCAACUUCAACAGUAUGACAGCCGAUGACCUGAAGGGGGCACUGCACGCCGUCAUCAACCAGCCCAGCUUCAGGUCCAGCAUGCAGCGCCUGUCCAACAUCCAACGCAACCAGCCCGUGCCGCCGCUGGACGCCGCCGUCUUCUGGGUGGAGUUUGUGAUGCGACACGGUGGAGCCAAACACCUCCGGCUGGCGUCACAUGACCUGACCUGGAUCCAGUACUACAGUCUGGACACGGGGGCGGCGCUGCUGCUCGGUCUGCUGACCGCGGGGGCCGUCUUCUGGGCGGGGCUUGUCCACGUCCUGCUGCGAUGCAGGCGGCGAGCACGCCGACAGAAAACGGACUAAGGAGCUUCACGACGAAGAUGAGCCGCUUAUAAACAAUGAUGAAGAUAAAAGUGAGGAUUAUGAUGGUGUUGAUGAAGAUUAAAGAUGAAUAAAUGACACGUUGAACA